CACAGUCUCGCACAGUCAAACAGGUACAGACUCAGGCAUGGACUCCACCUUAGGAUCUUAAGAAAGCUGUCGUGUAUCGAUGGAUCCUGCAUUGCUGAUGAGCCAGUUUGGCAGUCCGGACCAUCUAUCUGAGAUGUUGACUCAAAGCUGCUCUGAGAACAACCUCAAGUUUAUCUGUGACUUUAAAUCAGUUCCACCACUGGGGUCUUGUGAUGAAGAUUACAAUGUCAAUAUGGACUGCGAGUCAGUGUCAGUCAUCCUCCCCGCGCAGUGCAGCGUCUACCAGCUGCGGCUACGCAUCAGUAUGCAGGCCCAUGUACAAAACUGCCAUCCAGACCCUCUUACAAUACUGGACCCAGAGAAAUACUCUCUGCUCUAUGCCAGGGGAGAAGACUGGUAUGAGGCCUACGAUGACUGCCAGGUUAUCAGGACGUUAGACAUUCCAUGGUCAUUUGACGACACUGGACGUCUGUCAGCACAUAUAGUGUUAAAACCGCUCGUGGCAGUUGAUUCAGAGGAGAAGAAGAAAGAGCAACAAUGUCUGACUUAUCUGAUUGGACACAACCUGGAGAAAGACGCAUCUGACAGACUUGGUGAGCUCACAUUCACCCGCAGAAAGCUGGCAUCUCCAAGAAGGCAAGAGCUAAGGAAUCGGGAUGACAAGUUAUAUGCCACAGAGCCUUGGGUAACGUAUGCCCCCAUUCCAAAUGACCUACAGGACCAGAUAAACAGGAAGCUCCCUGUCACCCUCCAUCACAUGAGCAAGAUCAGCUUCAGCAUACAGGUUGAUUUUUCUACAACGCCAAAUCUUCUUCUUAAAGUCUUUAGAAGGGUGAUGGCAGACCAAGGGCUCGAUUAUGACACUUCUGAUGAUCUGGUUUUGAAAGUCUCCGGGAGGGAGGAGUUUUUAUCUGGAGAUUACAUCCUCAGUGAUUUCCUCUGGGUUCGACAGUGCUUGAAAACCAACGAAGACCUCCACCUCUCUGUGGUCCCUAUAUCGCAGCUCGUUGAUGAGACCGUCAAGUUUGUGGAUUGGCCACUUGUUGAUGGUUCCAGUGGCCAGUUCAGCUCCCACGAUGAUCUCCGCCUCGAAGGGAAGGAUUUGGAUGACAUCUUCAUGAUAUCGUUGUGGGACUGCAACAGAAAACUCAGAGUCAAAUUGCUUGGCUUUGACAUCCCAAAACUUCCAAACAAAUGCCCUCAGUCAGUUUAUGUAAAAGCCUCUAUACUUUAUGGCAACAAGGUUCUCUCUUCAGUGUCCUCUGCUCCCAAGGCUUUUGCAGAUGAAGUACUGUGGAAUGAGUGGCUGGACUUUGAUGUUCUCCUCAUGGACCUGCCACGUGGUGCCAAGCUAGGUUUCACUAUUAAUGCUUGUGGGGGUGACAUCUCAUCACCAGUGACCAAAGAUACAAAGCCCUCAAUAACCAAAGACUCGAAGCCGCCAUUGCCUUCAGGCAAUAAAGCGCCAGACGCGCAGAAAGGGAAGGGGAAGGUGCUCUACUUUGUCAACCUUCUCCUCAUAGAUCACAGGUCCAUCCUUAGCCAGGGUCCCUACACCCUGCACAUGUGGUCCUACCCUGACCUGGAGGAAGAGGCCAUCACCUACCAGGCAGACAAGCUGUCAACUGCUACGAACCCAGACAUAGCUGAGUCCAUGGCCAUCAGCUUCUUUCUGGAUCGCUACAGCUUCCCCGUGGUUCUCCCAAAUAGCUUUAGCCCCUCUGAAGGCUCUGACAGUCCUACCUCCACCCUCACACGGAGAAAAUCUUCUGCUUCCUCUUAUACACUCUCAUCCUCACCGUCCUCACCCCCUUCCACCAAUCCCAGCGCAGAUUCUUUGCAUGUGAGCCCAUUGACUGGCAAUGUAAUUCUCAGAUCCCCAUCUCCAGUCACGAACACCAGCAAGGCACGCCUCAAAAGGUUCAGGGAAGAGAGCAUCCAGUAUGCCUCCAAUCUACCCCAUUACCUGCGCAAUCUUGAUUGGAUGGACCGCAGAGUGGUUGAAGAUGUGCACUGGCUACUGGGAAACUGGGAUCCUGGGGAACUGGAUAUAACAGUGGCUCUGGAGCUGUUAAGCAUGGACUUUGCUGAUGUGACGGUCAGGAGAAUAGCAGUCCAGAGAUUGGAGAGCCUGUCCAAUGAUGAUGUACUGAAGUAUUUGCUGCAGCUUGUGCAAACUCUCAAAGUGGAACCCUACCAUGACAGUUUCCUCGCUCGGUACCUCAUUCAAAGAGCUCUCAGGAGCAAGAGAAUUGGCCAUUUCUUCUUCUGGUAUGUCCGCAGUGAGGUGGCGGGCUGUCCGUACUUCCGCCAGCGCAUGGCUGUGAUUCUGGAGGCCUACCUGCUGGGCUGUGGCCAGGCCAUGCUUGACAGCUUCACCCAGCAGGUCCAGGCUGUGGAGGCCCUGCAGGAGGUUGCUGUACUUAUUAAAAAGCUGUACCCCGACAAGACAGAUCUUUCUCAUACAGCUACCCUCAGGCUUCAGGAGCUUCUCAGAAGCUGUAAUCUUCCAAAUGAAUUCCUGUUACCCUUUGACCCUCGAAUCAAAGCAGGAGUGAUUCUGCUGGACAAAUGCAAGGUGAUGGCCUCGAAGAAGAAGCCACUGUGGUUGGAGUUCUCUCCCAUGCCGUCGCCAACUUCUGCCACACCCGUGGGAAUAAUCUUCAAAGAGGGGGACGAUCUCAGACAGGACAUGUUGGUCAUUCAGACACUGGUGGUGAUGGACUCUAUCUGGCAGGAGAAAUCUCUGGACCUGAACCUUGUCCCAUACGGCUGCAUCUCAACAGGACACAACAUAGGUAUGAUUGAGAUUGUGAGGGAUGCAGCGACCAUCGCUGCAGUCCAGAGGAACCAUGGAGGAACGACUUCAGCCUUCAGAAAUGAUGCUCUGUUCGAGUGGCUCAAGUCCAAAUGUCCACUCCAGGAAAUUCACUACAAGACUGUGGAGAGAUUUGUGAAGUCCUGUGCUGGUUACUGUGUGGCCACCUAUGUACUGGGUAUAGGUGAUCGCCACAAUGACAACAUCAUGAUCACAGACCAAGGGAAUCUGUUCCACAUCGACUUCGGUCACAUCCUGGGCAACACGAAGCACUUCCUCGGCAUGAACAGGGAGCGCGUACCAUUCGUCCUCACACCUGACUUCCUGUAUGUCAUGGGCAGGGUGAAAGGGCGUAAAAGCCUUUACUUUCAGCGGUUCAGGGACACUUGCACCCAGGCGUACCUCUCCCUGCGCUCUCACUCUCGUCUGCUCGUCACUCUUUUCUCCCUCAUGUUGCUGACGGGAAUCCCAGAGCUGAGCGCCGCGGAGGACAUGCGCUACCUGCGGGAGGCGCUGCAGGAGGAACAGGGUGAGGCGGAGGCCAAGGAGCAUUUCCUCCAGCAAAUCGCUGAGUGUGAGCACCUGGGCUGGACCGUGCAGGCCAACUGGUGGAUCCACAUGGUGGCAGGCAUAAAGUAGAUUGUUGGUGAUUUGAAGGUGGAGGUGUGAUUACCAUUACAUCCUUUUUUAUUACAUUCAUGUAUUGUCUAGCAUCCC